ACGGUUUCCGGGUUGGGCUCAAGGCAGCAUUCUGCGUCAUGGGGACUUGGCAGCGUUUGCUGCUUUUUCGGGGGGCGUCGCUUCGGGACUACAGCGGGGCCUGUGUCCCGCUUGGGGGAAGCCGAGUGUUGGUUUGGGGGCGUCAGUUCUCUGGUGCUGAGAGUGAGACCCUAAAACAAAGAAGAACACAAAUCAUGUCUCGAGGACUUCCAAAGCAGAAACCAAUAGACGGUGUUAAACAAGUUAUAGUUGUGGCUUCUGGAAAGGGUGGAGUUGGAAAGUCUACUACAGCAGUGAACCUUGCACUUGCUUUAUCAGCGAAUGAUUCGUCAAAGGCCGUUGGUUUGCUAGAUGUGGAUGUGUAUGGCCCUUCUAUUCCGAAGAUGAUGAAUCUGAAAGGAGAUCCAGAAUUAUCACAGAGUAACUUAAUGCGGCCUCUUUUGAAUUAUGGUAUUGCUUGUAUGUCCAUGGGCUUCCUGGUUGAAGAGACUGCACCCAUUGUUUGGAGAGGCCUUAUGGUAAUGUCAGCCAUUGAGAAACUGUUGAGGCAGGUAGAUUGGGGUCAACUGGACUAUUUAGUUGUUGACAUGCCACCAGGAACUGGAGAUGUGCAGUUAUCAGUCUCACAGAAUAUUCCUAUUUCAGGAGCUGUGAUUGUCUCCACACCCCAGGACAUUGCGUUGAUGGACGCACAUAAGGGAGCUGAGAUGUUUCGAAAAGUCCACGUGCCUGUUCUGGGCCUUGUCCAAAAUAUGAGUGUUUUCCAGUGUCCAAAAUGUAAACACAAAACUCAUAUUUUUGGUGCUGAUGGUGCAAGGAGACUAGCACGGACCCUUGAUCUUGAUAUUCUAGGAGACAUUCCCUUACAUCUUAAUAUACGGGAAGCUUCAGAUACAGGCCAGCCGAUUGUGUUUUCACAGCCUGAAAGUGAUGAGGCCAAAGCCUACCUAAGGAUUGCUACCGAAGUGGUAAGAAGAUUGCCACCACCUCCAGAGUGAUUCCCCAAGUGUCUUGGAAAUCCGCCUGGUGCUUGACAGUAAGACCUUUGGAAAUCAGCAGUGUGGUGGUGAAACCUACAGAAAUAAUAGCAAUCAUAGUUGUUUUCUUGUACUUCUACAGAAAUAAUGUCUUAUCUUCAGAUUUGAUUUGCUAAACAAUGACUUACAAAUAAAGUUUUUACAUACCGAUGCUUACUGCUACAUUUAGGAAUUUUUUUGCAAGCUGUUGUGUACCAGCGUCACAGAACUGCAUUUUAUUUUAUUGAACUACCCCUUAAGGAAUCACGAGUUUAUAUUACAAGCCCAACCUUCAGUUCAGGAGAGAACUGUGCUCUUUUUGCAGGACUACAGAGUUAAAGAAUUUACUGAAUGUGAGUAUGGAUGUUAAGUGUGACAUCUCUCCAUCAGGCAGUUUGGUCUGGGUUUGAAUCCUGUCUCUACUACUAUCUUGGACAUAUUCUUGUUCCAGAUAAACCUCUACUUCUUCAUCUGGACUCGACUCUCCCCUAGACUUAAUAAAUCUCAGUCUCCAGGGGUGGAGUCCGGACAUGUGUGUUUUUAACAAGAUCAUAAUGAUUCUGAUUAUGAUGGCAAUAAUAAUAGUAAUUAACAUUUAUCAAGUGUUUUCUCAUGUCCUUGUAGUUAAUCUUUCAUAUGAGUGGGGUACUGUUGUUAUUUCCGCUUUACAGAUGGGGAAACUGAGAUAUGGGAAAGUUAACUGUCUUCCUGAAGGUUACUGUCUAGCAAGUGGAGGUUUGAAAUUGGGCAGUUGGAUACUGGAUCCUUCCUUUUGUACACCAAAGGGCAUUUGUUUAUUUCGAAAGAGGAAUAGGAUUAUAGUAUUCAGAAUUUCCUCAAAGUUAUUUGACCAUGAACUCCCUCAACCUCCCCUUUAGGAGCAUUUCUUGGAGUUCAUAUUUCAAAGAAUACACCUUGAAAAGCAUCUUGUCUGGUUGAGGCUGAGAGAGAGAGAGAAUCAGUCAAGGACUUCCCAAGGUUAUAAAGCUGCAAGUACUGAUAAGAGUCAUUAGUUAAUCCUCACUUACAAGGAGGUGGUCUGUGACCUUUGGCAAAUGCCUGAGUUCCUUUGCUGUGUAGUUAAGCAGCCAGAAAAUUAGGUAAAGAGUUACAUAUCAAGCCUUGGUAAAUUUAAGAAAAUUGAAAUUGUAUCAAGUAUCUUUUCCUACCACAACGCUAUACGACUAGAUAUCAAUUACAGGAAAAAAUCUGUAAGAAAUACAAACACACGGAGGCUAAACAACACACUACUUAAUAACCAAGAGAUCACUGAAGAAAUCAAAGAGGAAAUCAAAAAAUACCUAGAAAGAAAUGACAAUGAAAACACAAUGACCCAAAACCUAUGGGAUGCAGCAAAAGCAGUUCUAAGAGGGAAGUUUAUAGCUAUACAAGCCUACCUUAAGAAACAAGAAACAUCUCAAAUAAACAACCUAACCUUACACCUAAAGCAAUUAGAGAAAGAAGAACAAAAAAACCCCAAAGUUAGCAUAAGGAAAGAAAUCAUAAAGAUCAGAUCAGAAAUAAAUGAAAAAGAAAUGAAGAAAACAAUAGCAAAAAUCAAUAAAACUAAAAGCUGGUUCUUUGAGAUGAUAAACAAAAUUGAUAAAACAUUAGCCAGACUCAUCAAGAAAAAAAGGGUGAAGACUCGAAUCAACAGAAUUAGAAAUGAAAAAGGAGAAGUAACAACUGACACUGCAGAAAUACAAAGGAUCGUGAGAGAUUACUACAAGCAACUCUAUGCCAA